AUGUUGGCAUCAGGAUAUACACAAAGUCAUUUAGACUAUGCUUUAUUCACAAAGGGGAAGGGAUCAACACUAGUGAUAGUAUUAGUGUAUGUGGAUGACCUGUUGAUUACAGGGAAUGAUUCUAUAUUGAUACAAGAGACCAAACAGGUCUUGCAUCAUCAUUUUAAAAUCAACGAUUUGGGGGAGUUGAGGUAUUUUAUGGGAAUUGAGUUCUGUAGAUCAGACCAAGAAAUCAUUAUGAACCAGAGGAAAUAUGCAUUGGAGUUGAUAUCAGAUGCUGGACUAUCAGGAUGUAGACCAUCAUCAACUCUUUUGGAGUGUAUCAUGAAAAUGAUAAGUGCUGAUUUUAGACAGGAUGCAACAACUGAAUUAUUUACUGAUGUGAAUAGAUAUCAGAGCUUAAUUGGGAAGUUACUGUAUCUUAUAAAUACCAGACCUGAUAUUGCUUUCUCUGUUCAGUGUUAA